AUGAAACUCUGGAUCGGCGGCUGGUUACUGGGUGGUCUGAUUGGGCAGGUAAGGAGAUGAUGACUUGGCGGGCGCACACUUGCGGGCAACCACUUUGCGGGCAACCAGUUUGCGGGCAAUUUUUUUGCGGGCAGCCACUUUGCGGGCAGCCGACAUUUGCGGCCAGCACCGGCAUUUGCGGGCAGCCUGGGACAUUUGCGGGCAGGGUCGACAUUUGCGGGCAGCCGACAUUUGCGGGCAAUCGGCACUUGAGGAUAACAAGGUGGAGGUGGAAAAAUUACUGCAAUAUUUUGGAAGUUUUCCGACAUUUGCGGGCAACCGACACUUGCGGGCAGCCGACAUUUGGGGGCAACAGUUCAAAAAGUUCCAAUACAAUCUGUGUGAUUGUUUUUUCCUGUUGCCCGCAAAUGUCGGUUGCCCGCAAGUGUCGGCUGUCCGCAAAUGUCGGCAAAUUUUCAAAAUAUUGCAGUAAUAUUUCCACCUCCACCCUGUUACCCCCAGGUGCCGGUUGCCCGCAAAUGUCGGCUGCCCGCAAGUGUCGGUUGUCCGCAAGUGUCCCAGGCUGCCCGCAAGUGUCUCAGCUGCCCGCAAAUGUUUCAGCUGCCCGCAAAUGUGACCCCCAAAUUUUGCCCGCAAAGUGGCUGCCCGCAAAAAAAUUGCCCGCAAACUGGUUGCCCGCAAAGUGGUUGCCCGCAAGUGUCGCGACGCCGAUGACUUUGGCUGAAAAUGCACGCUAGAACUUUCUUGGACUGAAAUGGAUCGAGGACAAAAUAAAAAUUGCACUUCUUUUGCAGAUUCUCUCCUCUCCUCAUGUCCCAGAAGUCGUCUAUCCAAGGAAACCGUCAUCCUCGAACCUCUGGGCACACGCAGCCGCACAAAAUGGUGUGUCAAAGGGCAAAUCAAGCAGUAAGCCCUCAAUUUCAUUGCAACUAUCUUAAGAUAUUCAAGCGAAAAACAGUGGAAACACGAGCUUCGGUAUGCCGGUUGGCCCCUUCUACAAGGCCAGGAGGAAAACAUACGCACAAAAGCAGUAUAAUAAUACGAAGGAAGCGAGGAUCGUGCUGGCUCCUUUGGAGGGGGAAAAGUAGGGGAAUAAGGGACGGGUAAUGUGAGAUUGCUUUCAGGAUUUAUACGUUGGAGAAGUAUGUUGUAGUGUCGAGUGAAAAGCCGGAGAAGAAAGAGUUUGUCAAGCCGAGGAAGGGACCGAGUAAGUCAAUUUUGAAAAAGAUACAGUACGCCAUAUUUCUGCCGAUUUAGAAAAGAAGAAAUUUUCAUGCAUAAACUAGCAAAAAAGUACUGAAUUUUGACCAAUUUUCGGGCUAAAAAAUCUUACAAGGGAAUGGACUUUAUGUGUAAAUCGAUUUUGGCUUGGGACCUAGUCAGAUCGAAAGGUGUGUGGUAGUCGGUUAUUCACUUGGGGGGAAAUCUCUGCGCGGGGCUUCAAAGCCGAGAAAAUCGGCUUCAAAGUUUGGACGAAAAUCAAAGGAAAGGGAUAGGGAUCCCGGAAAAGAAGCGGUAAAAAGUGUGAAGCAGUGGCCGAGUGGUCAGUGCGCUCGCUUUUUGCGCAAAAGGUCGCAAGUUCAAAUCUGCUUCCAUUCAUAACUUUUUUAGACAAAAACUUCUAUUAAUUUUUUUCCACUGAACUCGAUUAUCGAGUCAAGAAGUAUAUUUUAAACGGAACUUUUCCAUUUUCAACGGCUUCGCACCUUCCUUUUACAGUUUUAGAGCGCAGGGCACACCAUCAACCUGAUGUAUUCAAAAACAACUUUCCAUUAUGUUAACUUUUUUAUCUAUACCCCUUUUUUUAAUGUAUAGCCGGAUUAGCACAAAGAAAGCAAAAGUAAAAACGAUAAAUGAUGAUUUGAGCUUGGAAAGAUUCGAACCUGCAACCUUUUGCGCAAAAGGCGAGCGCACUGACCACUCGGCCACUGCUUCACACUUUUUAUCGCUCCUUUUCCGGGAUCCCUAUCCUUUGAUUUUCGUCCAAACUUUGAAGCCGAUUUUCUCGGCUUUGAAGCCCCGCGCAGAGAUUUCCCCCCAAGUGAAUAAUCGACUACCACACACCUUUCGAUCUGACUAUGUCACAAGCCAAAAUCGAUUUACACAUAAAGUCCAUUCCCUUGUUAGUUUCCUCUGCAAAACGGAGCGAAAAAAGAGCCAGCGCCGGCUUAAAAAUUCACUGUUUUUUCUAAACAUCAAAGUUACAGAAACCGCAUUAAGUGGGACAAAAACAAAGGCCAAUGUUCAAGAACUAGUCGCGCUCAAGCGAACAACAAUGUCAGAGUUUGCUACCUCCACCACAACCACCCCAAGACCUCGACUCAUUAUUGGCGAUGUGAAAAUGAACCAAUUGCAAACAAAAUCACCAGCAGCGGAAAGCGCCGAAACGCAGGUGAAUUAUUUUUCAUCAUAUAAUAUGACAUGAUGAAUACUGUAACAAGAAACAAAUAAUACAAUGCUGAUACAACUAUUUUAGCCCAAGAAUUCCGAAUCGCCGGCCGCCGUUGGUUCUCAUGUUCACCUGGUCAGCCAUGAUACCAGUAAAUCGGCGGAAAUCAAAUUCCCAGCCAAAAACUGGCAACUCCCUCCGGCGUUGUUGGCUGCGAGAAUCAAAAGUACCGGAUUAGAUACGGCCAGAGAGCUGAAUUCAGUUGAAGACGACACUUUGGAGGAGGCUUUAGAGCUGUUCUCAAAAACCCACGAUCAGCUGAAAUCUCCGCACGCCAUGAGUAUCGGCCCGAGGAAUAAGAGUAGCAUAUCUAUGGCUGACGUGCUGCAAAAGGCUUUUGGAGAGACCAAGCCCAAACCUCAAGUAAUAAUAGUGCCUAAUAGAAAGCUGUUUCAGCUAUGAAAAUUGGAUUUAAAAGUGUAUUUCAGAUGACAUUUAUGGAUCGUCAGAAGUUCCGGGCGACCUUUGCAACUCAUAAAGCAGAUCCUCAACAAAUUAUUCCGUUGCCUCCAACGCCGUUUGGCGAUGAGAGUAAGUCUGAUAUGCAUGGAAAACUCGUUAAACGGAGCUCUAUAUACAUACAGGAUGCAAACAUCCAUAGUUCCUCUCAGAAAGAGAAGAGCUGAUUAGCAAAAAUUGUUAACUUUUUGACCUUUUCUUAAAAAAGAAAUCUUAAAUUAUUAAUAUUACACGGGUAUUCAAUAGUCAACAUGUUUAAAACAGAGAUAUGUGCAGGCGUCUUUUUCGAGUGGCCGGAGUUGCGGGUCAUUAUGAUUGCCACACCACAAUCGAACUGAAUUUCCUCUUUUCCGAACUCUUUUUUCAGCCGACAUGGAUCUCCUCCAAGAAUCUCUCCGCAACCGUCACUUACUACCUAGUCCCAUCGUUCCUGUUCCUAUUAUAACCAAUCCAGCGUUGGCCGUUCCUGGCCCUCUAUCCCAUCUUCCCACCGAAAUGAUAGUGUACAGUAAACAAACGACGCUGAUGCCAAACUAUGUGGGUCUGGAUCCCAAUUACAAAUUGGACCUGUGCUGCAAAAAACAGGGCGUAACACCGGUCUGUCAAACAAUGUGUAAUUUCGAUACUUUCACCGAUCGAUCUGUAAGCAUUCUGCUUUCUUUUGAAGUGAAUUUUUGACUCUUGCCUUCAAUAAUUUUAUCUUUUUUAGCUAGUCACCGCGGUGAUCUCAAAUCAAUGUCCUGGCCCACAACUAGGCCAGGCGUUUGAUUGUGCCUCCACCAAAGUCGAUCAUACGGAAUGUUGUACUCGGAACAAUGUUCAUCUCUACAAUGCCGGUCAAUGCAUGCCUUUUUGCCGGACUCAUGAGCCAACUCCGCCCAACAUUUUCACUUAUGUUGCGUGUUUAUCGGUUUUCGACACGAUUAAGAACUGCUAUAGGGAGUAUCAGUACACGCAUCCGAACAUUUUUGGGGACUAG